GUCGGUAGUCAUUGAUAUGAAAAUAUAAUUUUUUAGUGUGAAUCAUGUUAAAAUCGAAUCUUCUCAAAUUGAGGAUCCCCAGUUCAUACAAAAAUUUGUAAUAAAUAAUUAUUUAAAUAUAGUAAAUAUCACAAUACUUGCGUCAAUUUAGAGAAAUACAAUUUCAUGCUUUAAUCAUUAAAAAUUGAAUUUAAUAAAGUUAAGAACCAAAAGGAAAGGAAACAAAUAAAAUUUUAUAAUUUGAGUGUAGAGUGAUUUUAAGUUAGUAACAAAGAUGAUGCACAGAAGAGGAGGAAAUAAAUUUCGAGGAGGAAAUUCAAAUUAUCGAUUUCAUGAUGAUCACGAUAAUCGUACAAAUAAUUUUAUUAAAACAUCCAGACGCGUUAGCUUUAAAACGACAAAAAAUAAUAAUGCAAAAUCAUUAAGUGACAUGAAAAUCAAAGCAUUUUUGGAUGAUGAAGAUAUGGGUAAUGAUUUAGCUCAAAACACUUCUAAUGACAUGAAAAAGAAAGGAAGAUUUCGUAAUAGGAAAGGUUCGCCAGUUCCCAAUAGACGGAUUGGUGGAAUGAAUUUGAUACAAAAUCAUGCAGGAUGGUAUUUAGUAACGAUACACCAUGGAAGUAAAUAUGAAAAGGACGUUUUACUAAAGCUUCUUAUGAAUGCUCUCCUACCAACAGUUUUUAAUGCACAUUACUAUAAAAUAGACACGGAAAAUAGUUGUGCUCAAUUUUAUGUUGAUGAUUAUGAUAUUGCAGCGAAGAUUUUAACACAAGACAAGAAGCUUAAUUUACCAGAUGGAUUUAAGAUGAUUAUAAGAGUUAGAGGAAGUGUUCCACACGUAAAAGUUGACGAAACCUUAAAAGAAAGGAUGAAACUUGCUAUGGUAAAACGAUAUAAUCCGCAAACGAAAGCUCUUGAUCUUACAAAGUUUCAUGCAGAUCAAGAUUUAUCGGACGUUUUUUGUGCAUUAUUUAGACCACAAAUAAUGUCUGCUGUUAUUUCUAUAAUCGUUGAAAAUAUUCCUGAUUUGGAGGCAUUAAACCUAAAUGAGAACAAACUCAAUAUGUUUGAUCAUCUAAAAAUUUUAUCAUCAAAAUUACAUCACUUGAAAAUUAUUUAUUUGGCCAACAAUCGGAUCGGAUCGCUUAGUUCACUGGAAGUUUUCAAACAUUUACCUAUUGUUGAAUUUUACUUAGAAGGAAAUCCGUUUAAAAAGCGUUUUGCAAAAAAUGGAGAUUAUGUCAGUGAAGUCAAAAAGAAAUUUCCAAAAUUGCUAAAAUUGGAUGGCGUUGAAUUGAGCCCAACGAUUGGUUUUGAUGUAUCAGAAGAAAAGAAGGACUUCCCGAUUUGGAAACAAUCGUUCAUGGUUAAUAGCUCUGGACAAGACUUUGUUGCGAAGUUCUUAGAACAAUAUUUUGCAAUUUACGAUUCUGAAAAUCGCCAACAGCUUUUGGAAGCAUAUCACGAAAACGCUAUGUUAUCGAUAACAUCUACAAAUAAUCAACAUUACACAUACGAAGAAAGACUACACGCUUAUUGGAAAGUAGGACGAAAUUUAAUUCAUCCCAAAGGAUACGAACAUCGUUUUGCUAGCUUAAAACGAGGAAAACUUGUAGUGGUCGCAAUGCUCAGUGAUUUGCCUCCUACAAAACACGAUCCUCAGUCGUUUGCAGUAGAUCUUACAUUUUAUACGCCUCAAAUGAUAGUCAUGACUGUUACAGGCUUGUUUAAAGAAAAGAAUUCAGAUAAUAGAACUGAAUUUGUUAGAACUUUUCAAAAAACAUUGGUCAUUGUUCCAAAUAAUGGAGGAUUUUGCAUAAGAAAUGAGCUUUUACACAUCAACAAUGCCAGUCCAGCACAAAUCAGAAAUGCUUUUAACAGCACUAUUGAUCCUCAACCACUAAAUUCAUCUUUCCAGUCAACAAUUGUUCAACAACCACAACCAGAUGAAUCAAAUAAAUUAAAAAUGAUUGAAAUGAUGUCUCAUCAAAGUAAUAUGAAUGUUGAAUGGAGCAGAAAGUGUUUAGAAGAAACCCAGUGGGACUUUAAUAGAGCCUUGUAUGUUUUCCAAGAAUUAUUUAAAGAAAGUAAAAUACCACAAGAAGCAUUCUUGAAAUAAUAAAAAUAAUCAUUACAAAUAAAUUAUUUUUUAAAAACAAAAAAAUAUAUAAGAACUGUUUAAAUUUGUUUAAAGAAUUUUUCUCCG